AGCAGGAAGUUUACACCAGCUACAAGAAUGCACGGCCAUUUUUAUGCUUUAUACAUUCAGAGAAGGCAGACUAAAUUUCAAAAAAAUGAAAGGGGUAGUGGAUUUAUCAAGUAUAUUUUGUUAUUUUUUGAGGAUAUUAAUUUUCUUUUAUUUAGUCGAUAGUGAGGAAGUAUCUGUGGAGAAAUAUUAUGAAGAGGGCAAAAGCAUAAGACUGGACUGCACUGUAAAGAAUAUUAACGAGGCUAUGUGGCAGAAAGACGGACAAAUUAUAACAUUUGGAAGUAUUGUAAUUUUUGACAAAAGAAGGAUCUCAGUCGGCAGUAAUUGGGCAACUGACUACAGCCUAGAGAUAACACAAAUGCUUAAGAAGGACAAAGGAAACUACACUUGCAAAAACAGGAUGUCAAACAAUGCAGAUGCUUAUUAUAACUUAAAACUCAAAGCCGGAGCAUCAAUUGAAGACAACAUGUUCAGUGGACCUGAAGUGCGUGCCAUGGAGAAUGAGACUGUCAUUCUUUGGUGCAAUGCGUCUGGGUAUCCAGUUCUUAGCGUCUCAUGGUAUGUUAUUGAAGAGGAUAGUAUUCAAGAAGAGAAAAUGACAGGUUUAGGAAUAAAUGGAAACAUGCUUGGAAUCCAAAGAGUGUCUCGCAGCUGUGCCUCAAAAUUCCAGUGUCAAGCAGUGAGCACUUAUAAGCCAGAAAAAAUAGAGAAGAGGAAUAUUACCCUUAUUGUUGAUUUCUUUCCUGAGAUGUCUGUGAUUGGCUUCAUAAACAACAAAUCUUCAAGCAACAUUCUAUAUGGAAGCACUUCAGAAACUGUAAAAUUAUCAUGCACGGUAUUUUCAAGUGAACCCUUCAACAUAACAUGGUUGAGUCAGAGAGAUAAAAAAGAACUCGGAUGGUAUUCAAGUCAAUCCGGCAAAAGUGAGUCGGCAGGCAUUUAUGGGUAUUCCAUAAAAUCAAAUAUCAACCACAACGACAGAAGGAUUGUUGAAGUCGUGCUUACAGUCCUACUGGACACUAACGACAGUUUUUCGAACUACAGUUGCAAUGCGGAGAAUAAACUGGGGCCUAUUCUUAAGACUAUUGAAACUAGGAAGAAAGAGUCUAUGUAACAGCAUUCUACAGUGGAAAAUAAAGUUGGAUCUGUUAUUAAAAAACAUUGAAACAAGAUGAUUCGAUAACUACUGGGGUUUCAAUCUUAUUAAACAAUCUGUAUAAUCCACUUUCUAAAUUUCUUUAAAUAAUUUUUUUUUGUUGGUUUGAAAGUACCGGGCUACCUGGUAUGUUUAUGUACUCCAUCUGUAAAAUGGAAUUGCGAUGUACAUUUUGCAUGUUCCGUUAAACAUUCUUGUUUUCCUUGUUCAACACUUUGUUUCGAAUGCUUAAUUGCAAUAUCAUGUGUAAAAAUAGAUGCCUAGUUUUUAACUUUC